UUGAGCUAGUGUCUCAACAACUAUCAUUGAAGAAGCUCGUUCAAUUAUACUCUACUCAAGUGCCAUGUUAUUCAAGUGCUCUUAGUGUCUAAAUUGUACGUAUAGUGAGUGUAGAAAAUCACGUUUUAUGACUUGUGAUCGUGUGAAAUAUCUUUUAUAGUUAAAUUUUAAUGUGAUGAAUUGCAAAUUCAAACCUCUCUACUUUUGUCAUAUAUUGGACCUAUUUUAAUAUCGAAAAGAAACAAAAAAAAGUGAGCGUGAAUUAUUUCCUGAUUGAUAUCAUCCAAAAUGUCCCUCGAAGCGAUUCAGUAUGAUAAUGGAAAAUUAAGAAUUCUGGACCAAUUACUACUCCCGACUACGACUAAAUACAUUGAUAUUGAAAAUGUGGAAGAUGGGUGGAAGGCAAUUCAUUCAAUGCAGGUUAGAGGCGCUCCUGCCAUCGCUCUGGUGGGCAGUUUGAGCCUUGCCGUUCAACUGCUGAAAGCAUCAUUCACUGAUAAGACACUUUUGCGCCAACAAAUUGAGGAACAAAUGAACUUUCUGAUUACGGCGCGGCCUACUGCCGUCAAUCUGAAGAAUGCUGCCACAGAUUUAAUUGCACUGGCCACCAAGUUAGAGGCCGAUGGAAAAACUGAUGUCGAUGAGAUGAAAUCAAAAUUUGUGUUUGCUAUCGAAGAGAUGCUGAUCAAGGACAUAGCGGACAACAUGGCGAUUGGGGAGGUUGGCGCGAAGACGAUUUGCAAGAACGACGCGGGGGAGGGACUGGUGACCAUUCUCACCCACUGCAACACCGGGUCGCUGGCUACGGCCGGCUAUGGCACCGCCCUCGGUGUUAUUAGAGCGCUCAAAUCUGCAAACUUGCUCGAACACGUGUACUGCACGGAAACGAGACCGUACAACCAGGGCGCUCGGCUGACCGCCUAUGAGUUGGUGCACGAGAAGAUCCCGUCCACCUUGGUAUGCGACAGUGCGGUCGCCGCCCUCAUGAGGACCAAGAAGGUGACAGCCGCCAUUGUCGGUGCCGACCGCAUCACGGCCAACGGCGACACCGCCAACAAAAUUGGAACUUAUCAGAUAGCAGUGGUGGCGAAGGAGCAUGGCAUUCCGUUUUACGUGGCGGCUCCGUUCACCACGAUUGACAUGACUCUGCCAUCCGGCGACAGCAUUGUCAUCGAGGAUCGCCCCGCCCAGGAGAUGACUAAUCUUCAAGACAUCAGGAUUGCUGCUCCUGGCAUAUCAUGUUGGAACCCGGCUUUCGACGUGACUCCUGCGCACUUGAUAACUGGAAUAAUUACCGAGAAUGGUUGCUUCAAGCCUGGCGAACUGAAAGAGAUUGUGCCCAAACAUCAGUCUUGAAGUUUUGAAGUCUUGAAGCUGUCGCUUGAAGCAGCCUUCGCUGGAGACAAGCAAUAAUCAACGGUUCAAAAGAAUAUUCGAGAGGACAUUAAUUUAUGCAACAGGAAAUAAUCACCAAAAAAAAUCAGCUCAUAAUAUUAUGUUACCAAUUAUUCAAAAAACAAUGGAAUUUCUCUCCUUUCGUGAACAUUUUAUCAUACAAAGAACCGUAUAAAUAAAUAUAUUUUAUUUCGA